AUGUUUUCUCUGCCAAAGUCAAAUUUAAUAAAUGCAAAAAUUGCCCAAUUUUAUAAAAUGAAUGCUACCGAAGAAUUAGAUAAUGUUGCUGCAUAUUUUCACAGCAAUGGAACAUUUAACUCACAGACAAUUUUCGAGCAUUUGUGGCCAAAUCUGGGAGCUGAUGAAGUUUUCAAAGUCGUAGAAAAUUACAAAUAUGAGGACUAUUUAAAGUGCAGCAAUAAACUGUUGCCAAUUUUUCUAUACACAAAUCAAAUAUUAAAAAAUUUCAAUGAAAAUGUCCUUAAAAUUCAAUGGAUGGGUAAAAAUGUGAAUUUGUAUUUGGAUAUGAAAAACAAUUUUAGUAACAAUAAAACGGAAACUGUUGAACACAUUUUAAUAUUAACCUCAGUACUGGCAAAUGCACUAACUAAUGUAUAUUUGACUCAAACCCAAGGAAAACAUGCUCCACAUCUAUUAAAAGAUUUAAUACAUUCUGAAGAAAUUAUAAAGAUUUUUGGUUCAGAAAUGGUUAUAAUUUUAAAAAUUCUCAUGGGUUCACCAAACUCCAUCAAUCUGCGUAAUAUUGCUUGGCAUGGCUUUCCCAAACCCAUGGAAAUUCCCAAUUAUUUUACAAAUGUUUUAUUAAUAACUAUACAUUCGUUAGGAUGCAUACUUGAGGCCAAGAAUAUAAAAUUAAAAGAAAGACUUCAAAUAACAACGUUUAAUGACCAUAUUCAAAUUAUCGAAAAUGUUUAUAAAUUUAAACCAAUAGAUUUUGAAUUUAUAGAGCAAAAAGUCCAAAAUGUUAAUAAUGAUUUUAAGCCAUAUUGGGAACAGUUGUUGUUUUAUUACAAAUCACAAAAAUAUAAAGAAUUUAUUAUUCUAAUACUUCCACAAAUUGAACUUUUAUUGAGAUUACACUAUGGCCAAGUUAAUAAUUUUGAUAUAUCUGCUAAAUUGGAUGAAUACUAUAUAACUAUGGAUACCAUAUUUGAAACUCAAGUAUCAAAUGGUGAUAAAAUUCUUGUUACUUCCAAUAAGUUGUUAGAUUUUGAAAAUUCAAUGUUUGAAGGCUGUUUUCAUAUGUUAUAUGAUAUUUUUAUCUCACCAAAUGGUUGUCGUUUACGUGAUAAAGUUAGCCAUGGAGAAGUUUUCCUGGAAGCUUUAAAUAAUUCUCAAUUGUGUAGUUUGGUGCUUCACAUAUUCCUUUCUUUACUAUAUCCAAAGGAGUUUGGAUUAUAUGAGAAUUAUGAAAGUAAAUUACAUUUAAAUUGUUUAACUAACAAAAAAUUAAUAAAAUGUGGGGACAACUUGUUAAUGUUUAUUAAAAAACAUUUGGCUUGUAACCAAGAGUUGCUUUUAAAUUCGUUUGCUUUUAAAAAGAAUAAAGUUUUAAUAUUUAAACGGCCUAAAAAGGAAGCCGAAUUGAUGUUAUUAAUAAAUAAAAUUGCAGAAAAUUUUAAUAAAACUAUUGGGAACUAUGAGGAGUCCUUAGCCAAGCGCAGUGACUUAUUGGCCCAACGAGAGCUUCAUUCCAAGAGACGUAAAACUUUAGAGAAAUUACAAACUGCUUUGCCCAAUAUAUUUGAAACUUUAUGUUUAAUUAUAUCGAGUAUUACUAAAAUUUAUACUUUAUUGCAAACUAAUUUUUCAAUUGUUUUGAACGGGGAAUGCAACUGUGACAAAACUUUAAGAUUUCUGAAACACAGCUUAACUAUAAGCGAAAAUUUUGUGAAAUAUUCACAUUGUGAAAGUAAUGAAUGGAUUAAAUCUUUGGAAUUGUGUUGUAAAUAUGAAGAAUUUCAUAGGAAACUUUUUUUAUACAAGUAUUAAAAUAAAAUUAUGAAAUUUUAU